CUCAUCUCGUCCCACCCAAUGAAUCCUUGCUGUAUCCUGUACCAAAAGUCAAGAGAGUUUGGGACAUGGCAGAAAAGUCGGUGAGGUUUGGAGAUUAGUGGGUUGGGCUCCGGACGCUGCUGCUUUAUUCGGACGUGACACCACUGUCCCGCCACCGCAGCCAGCAAGCUACAAGAGAGGCGCAGCGGCAGCGGGGAGUAAACUCGGGCAGAUUCCGCUGCCAAAGAUCUCCCCACCUUCCCGAAUUUCGCCGCAGGCCAGAGGCCGUUCGUCCCCUACCCGGCCGGAUCAUUACUUGAUCUGGCCACGGUUCUGGAAUUUUCACCAGUGAGAGAGGGCCCACUCUGCUUGCUUUGACUAGGAGUAUGAACUAUCACUGACUUGGUGAGAGUAUUUUUGUGGUCAGAGAAAAGCUCCAUAAGCAGCCCUCUGGUCGUCUGGUUGAAUCCCUUCUAAUGGAGAGGGUUAGGACCAUUCUGACUCAUGGAUACCCAUACCCACAUGAGCAUUCGAGACAUUUCAUGAUUAGGAAGACUAUCAAGCCACACUAUUCACACUUUAGUCGCUGGUACGUUGCUUGGAUAUUCUUGGCAGCAUUAUGGCAUCUCCCUAGUUUUCAGUCAAUGGGGUUGGAUUUGAGGAUGAAUCUUUCCCUCUUCCUCGCUGUUUAUAUUUCCUCUCUAAUCAUCUUCCACGUCACAUUUCUUGGACUCUGGUAUUUGGAUCUUGUUUCUCGCAUGGCAGAGAAAAAGCCAGAGAUGCUUACUAUAAUCAAAAAUUGCGCAGUGGUAAGUAUAGCUUGCUGCGUGUUCUACAACCACUGUGGUAACAGGACCCUUUCAAGGGACAAAUCUAUUGAUCAUAGAACUGCAUUUUCACUGUGGAUAAAGCAAAAUGAGUACAAUACACUGAUUUCAAAGCUAUGGCGUAUGCAUAAGUUUAAAGAUCAUAUUUGCUCGCCCUGGUUUGCUCCGGUUGGCUUUGCCAGUGAUUAUCCACUUCUAUCGAAAUGGGCCAUUUAUGGAGAAUUAGCUUCCAAUGGAUCCGAACGCUCCAACAUCAUUUCACCUGUCUACUCUUUGUGGGAUACAUUCAUUGGUCUUUACAUGGCCAAUUAUGUCGUGGAGCGGUCAACUGGGUAUGCCUACUGUCUGCACACAUCCAUCUGCCUCCUGCUUGGUAUACGCCUGAACACGUAACAUUGGAAAAACCUGAACUUCCUCUUGGAGUUUCUGAGCUCAGGCAGUGUAGCUGACCACAAUGUUUUAUGAUUCCUGGAAACCACGUAUUGUGACGAGAGCUAUGUAAAUAAGGAUGACAAAAGCUGCUCCACAACAUGGGCUUAGCCCCAGCCUCUGUACGUAUGUGCCUCCAGUCACACUGGUUGAGCAUGAGCCGGGUAAGGACGUGCUUCGUGUAGAUGCAGAUGCGCCUGAGGACUGUGUAGGAUACACCGAGUUUUAGCACCACAAAGAUAUCCUCCAAGUGAGCCAAGUCACGGAUAUGCUUGUCCAUUUUUUCUUUGGUUAAAUAGCAUCCCGUAAAAAAUAGCAUCCCGUAAUACCUUCCAUGCCCAUUCAACCAAGCUUUCUCCACCUCCAGUGCCCUUGGCAACCACGCCGAUUGUCAGCUCUAGCAGAACGACACCAAAACUGUAGAUGUUAGUCUUCUCGCUCGCCCUUCCAUUGUACUGAAAGUAUUCUGCAAAAUUCGUAUUUAGUUAGCAUUUGAUGAAAAUGUUUGAGAUUCCUUGAUGGAUUUGAGACCCAUCAGGGGGUCAUGUACCCGUGUGUAACACAAAU